AUCACUUCUAAACCAAAUCUGGUCGAUAAUUCGAUUACAAGCAAUCAAGAACAAAAGAAAUCGAGGAGGCAAUAACGACGAAAGAUCUAAUUCCCAUCGCCGGACUGUUUCAGACGAAUGGAAUGAAACACCAAUAAAUAAAUAAACGGAAUUAUUUUCGGUAGAUAAGUGGGAAGAGAGCUGAAAUUACAAGUUGUUGAAGGUCGCAUUCAACUCCUCCCAAUUGCAGCCCAACGAUCCCAAUUAGCCCCACCAAAUUAAUUCGGUGAUAGGAUUCGUGUAAACGCAGAAGAAGACGAAAAGGGGAGAUUUUGAUAAGCUUAUUGAGAUGAUAAAGAUCAUAGAUCGGAGCUCUCUGCUGUUUCUCUCCUGUUUAUUCUCUUCCUUUUCAGUUCUGUUUAUUACAGGAUUGGCGGACACCUCGGCAGCAUCAAAUUCUUCUGACCAGAAGGAUUCGAGCAAGAAGUCGUCUGGAGGUUCCACGUGGCAGGAAGUCCUCCUCAUAUGCCUCGGUCUUGUAGCCGUAGGGGCGUUUUCUGUCUUCUUAUUCAAGCUGUGGCAAAGAAAGAAGCGGGAGGAGCAACACGCUCGCCUCCUGAGGCUCUUUGAGCAGGAUGACGAGCUUGAAGUCGAACUUGGCAUCCGGGAUUGAGCUUCGAUCUUUCCUCCUGGGUGUCGGAAAGACCCGAGAACGAUCACAGCUGUCGCUCGACCUCUCUUUUUAUACUCGGAACAUAGUGAUUAUUAUCUGUGUCUUGAUUCUUGAGGUGUGAUUGUCAAAUAAUAACAUUUGUAGCAUUUUCAUUCUUGAUUUUGAUAUUUAUACAGUGAUUUAUUAUGAUUUUCAAA